AUGGAGUUAAGUCACAGCGAAUGUACCACAUUCUCCUCCCAAGACGAGGAGGCCCUUACCAGCCAAUACUAUGUAUAUCACACCAUUGGCUCUGGCACCUAUGGGCAUGUGAAGAAGGCCUGUCACCACCUCACAGACAAAGAGGUAGCAGUGAAAGUACUGCAGACAAGAGACUACCCCAUACUGGUAGAAAAUGAGGUGGACAUUGUUAAGUCCCUGAGUCACCCCCACCUGAUCAGGGUGUACCAAGUGAUCCAGGGAGAGGAACACACAUAUUUGGUCAUGGAAAUGGCCACCAAGGGAAACCUACAGACCUGGAUCCAAAAUUCACGCUGCCUUUUUGAGAACGAAGCCAGAAAGCUUCUGCAGCAGAUAUUAAGUGCUGUGCAGUACUGCCAUCUCAACUGGAUUGCGCACCUCGACCUAAAGCCUGACAACAUCCUACUGGAUGAAUACGGCAAUGCCAAAGUCAGCGACUUUGGGUUAAGUGUAAGAGUUGCCCCAGGGCAGUUGCUCACAGAAGUCCGAGGAGCCUAUGUCUUCCGUGCCCCCGAGAUCUACUUGAAGCAAGCGUAUGAUGGCUUCAAGGUCGAUGUGUGGUGUCUGGGCACAAUACUUUUGUUUAUGGUGACGGGACAAUUCCCUUUUCAAGGAAGCAAUAGCAACCAGCUACGUGAAGCAAUUGUGAAUGGCAGGUAUGAGAUACCAUUUCACUUGAGUGCAAAAGGACAAAGCAUCAUUUCCCAGUUCUUAACUGUAAAUCCAGAAUACAGGCCGAAUAUACAACAAGUCAUGGUGCACCCAUGGUUGGCUCCGAUUGAGGAAGGCUCCCUGUAUCGGGAUGAGCAACUGACCAAUCACCUAGACCCCCUGGUUGUCAACAUAAUGUGUGACAUGGGCUACACCGAGCGUCAGAUCCACGAGUCAGUAACACAGAGGACAUUUGAUGCCGUGAUGGCCACCUACCUGCUUCUACAAAGGGACUUCAAGUCAGACAGUGUCAGCUCUGCACAAUUUGAACACUUGGAGGGCUCCAGUCCCAUGGUCCUCUCCCAGGAAGACCUGGAGACUGCCCUCCACUGCUCCUCCACCCCCAAGAGCCAGGGGGAGAUGCAGCGCUGCAACGCCAAAUCCCAAUCCCUGCUCCCUGCAUGGCUUGGAUAUGAGAACAGCCUCUGCAGGGAAGAGAACAUUUCCAGGGAUGGCAGAGACUGA